ACCUUUCCAUGCUUUACUACACGUUGUAUUGCAAUUGCCGCACCUUAACGCUAUCAUAACGCGAGUGAUGCUUUUAGCAAUGAUAUCACAGAUUGGAGGAUGAUUAUGGAUGAACUAAGUCUGGAAACUGGGCGUUCCUAUGGUAUCAAAGAGGAAUUCUCAGCAUCUUCUCCUUAGUCCCCAGAGGUAUACUAAGCCCUUAAACAGUAUUUAAACCAUAUCAGUAAAGUGCCGGCGGCUUCAGUAAAUACUCUGACCUUGGAAUAGCAUAAUAAUAAACGCUGGGUAAUGAAUUCUCCACGGCCUUUCGUGUAGCCAAAAUGCAGGCUCUGGCUCUAAGGGCUUUUCAUAUUCAAGGGCAAAUGUUUCUGUCGGUAUACCCACUUGCAGAGCAAAGCACUAAAAUAAUACAUUUACAUUGGUGACUAAAAUGGCAAUAGGGGUCAAUGGCUCAUGAACUAUUAAUAGAUCAUUGAAAAAAACUGCACAAAUAAUUUUAUGUACUACCUGAAUUUAGAGCAGGGCUCUAAAAUGUCGGUUCUAUACAUCAGUGUGUAUAAGUUCCGGACCUAUUUACUAUGGCCUGUUUAAACUGACGCUAUAAACAAGUGAGUGUUGUAAAUAAGGUCUAACUUGGGACACUCAAGCUGCUGUUCAAUUCAAAAUCCCAGCAUCCCCAGCGACCUUUAUCUACUAGUGGAUGAUGCCAGCAGUAGUUGAGUGGAUACUAGUUAAGCACCGUCACUAUUAUAGCCAACGUUACACAAAUAGUUAACUGAGGGGAAGGGGGAAGAGUCUGCCCCAGCCCACGUUAGGAGAUCCUGUUCUUCAUUCCAUCAGCAGUCUCCCCUAAACGCCUCUCUUUUGCUGGGGGCUGGAGCAGUGCUGCGUCCUGCCGUGCAGUGGAGGGAACGUUGCGCUGCUGCUGUAGUUGUGAGUCGCUGUUGCAGGGGCGCUGUGUGCCAUUGUGCUGUGCGACUCUCCCUGGGAACAGCUCGGAGCCGCUGUCCGUGGUGCUGAACGCAGUUGGUGCCGCGUCUCGAUGGGCAGCGCUCAGUGCGACUGAGAUCAGUUCUUUGCGGAGCUCCGAGGCGCUGUCUGUGGUGCUGAACAGCCUGUGGCAUAAGGCGCAUUGCUGCUGUCCGUGGUGCGGAAUAGAGAGCACUAUGUCCGUGGUGCUACAGGCAAGCGCUGUGUAGAUGAACAGCAUUGAUGUGUCCAAGGAGCAUCAGAUCUCCUCUUGCUGGUGAAGCUAGUUCGGAACUAACCAUUCUGGGGAGUUAUUUGCCCCUUCUUAUUAUCAUCUCCAUGUGGUGCUGAACUGACUAUGGUUCUGAAGCAAAAUGUUGGUUCUAUUUAUUGUCUUUCCACACUGCAGGGUGAUCGCCCGCCGUGUCCUGAGAUGUAAAAAGUUAUGAAUUUGCCUUCCUUUCUUUCCUCUGGCUACUUUUGUGACUGCAGCCUCCCACUGAAGCAACAUAUUGCCAUGGUACGGAGGGUGUUCCAGACUGGGCAUAGGCUGAGCUUCAUGCUGUUGCUGUUUGUGCUGCUGAAACCAUAAUAUACACAUGCACAUACACACACACCGCCUCCUCAGCUGCCACUGACAGAGGGGAACCCAAGCACACUGGAUAUAUUGCAGUUGGGACUCCAGUGCAACUACCAGAAGGUCACAAUGAGCUGUGGAUUAAUCUCAGUGUGUUUGGGGGUUAUUGCUGCAUAUCAGUAAACCAAUCUGUGCAGAGUUAGGAAACCUGGUGGCAAUACGGUAUCCUUACCAAAGCUCCUGUGCCAUGGAUGGGAAACUGAAAGGACGCUCUUUUAAUUCGUCCUAAAAUGGGCCCUUCUGACACCUAGGAUGGGAUAAAUAUGGACUGUGUUCUACUGGCACAAGGUUGUCCUGCUAAUCUUCAGGAUUAACCCCUUUGAGAUUCCCAAGUGUACUAGUCUCCUUGCUGCUUGAUUCAGACCCACAUGGCAGCGGCUGGAUACAGUUCCUAGUGGAGUGGCACAUAUAAGGUCCAGCAUUGGGGGAUGGCUCUACAUAUUUCUGCAGCCUCAAUGAUUCUAUUGGCAAUCACAGCAUCAGCAUCCUCUGCUUCUAUUAACCAGGAAGACUAUGCUGCAGAUGAAGGAGACCAAACCUCUAGUAAUGAUAACUUGAUUUUCGAUGAUUACAGAGGCAAAGGCUGCGUGGAUGACAGUGGUUUUGUAUACAAACUUCAGGAGAGAUUUUUUCCUGGGCAUUCUAAUUGCCCUUGUGUUUGUACAGAGGAUGGACCUGUUUGUGACCAGCCGGAGUGCCCGAAAAUCCACCCCAAGUGUACUAAAGUAGAACACAAUGGAUGCUGUCCGGAGUGUAAGGAAGUAAAAAACUUUUGUGAAUAUCAUGGGAAAAGCUACAAAAUUCUGGAGGAGUUUAAGCCCUCUCCGUGCGAAUGGUGCAGAUGUGAGCCCAGCAAUGAAGUGCACUGUGUGGUGGCAGACUGCGCUGUUCCAGAGUGUGUCAACCCUGUUUACGAGCCCGAGCAGUGCUGUCCCGUCUGCAAGAACGGUGAGCAUGCCCAUGUGGCUAAUCCAGAUGCAGUGAAUAUCGCUCCAGACUAUGCCGCUGUGUAGCCUGCUCCAGCCCUUCUGGGAACUGCCAAUGGUCCUAACUGCUUUGCAGGCACCACCAUUAUCCCAGCAGGUAUAGAGGUCAAAGUGGAUGACUGUAACAUCUGCCAUUGCCACAAUGGAGAUUGGUGGAAACCAGCACAAUGUUCCAAGAGGGAGUGUCAUGGAAAGCCGAACCUAUAGACUCACUGUGCCUAUUCUAGAGAGAGAGGAGAGGAUGGACCAUCUCUACAGAUCAGCCUGUAAAAGAACACAUAGCUGAAAGGAAAGGUCAAUUAUAGUGGACAAGCAUAACAGAGAAGAUGCCGGAACGAGUAGGAUUGGUUGUUCGGUGUAGAUGUUGCAGUGAGCUGCAAUCACUGAGACAUUCAAAUGACAAAGGGACGUCAAUGCCAACUUUUGAUCACCUAAUCGCCACCCCUGGGAAUGGCUGGCAAGGUUUAAUCAGAGAGAUCCUGGAUACUUUCCAACGUGACACUGUGAGGAAGCUCUGGAUCCAUUUCUUUGGUCCUUGCGAAUUUACCUGACAAUCUUUUGUCCUGUCUCCUGUUAUAUUAUGUUGUUUUUUUUUUAUUAUCCUGGAAUUGCAUAUAAUUUUCACACAGAGACCACAGAAAAGGGGAAAACGUUCUUUUUUUUUAACAGUAAAUGCUGAUUCAUUGCUGCAUACACCCCCACUAUAAUUAAGCACCAUUACAGUAUGACUUUGUUUGCUUACAGAAAGGCCUCGAGUGGAUUCAGAGCAUUGCAGAACCAUUUGCUCCAGGAGAAUAAUAUAUUUGUUUGAAGUGUGCGUCUUUUUCAUGGAGAAAAGCAUUAUUUGUCACCAUUUCUUUUCUUCAUGUAUUGUCUGUUUCCAAAUAAUAUGGGCCAGAUUUCAGUGGCAAAUCUCCAACUGUUCCUUCUGUCUGUGCUGCCUCUCAGAGCUAAAAGCCCAGUAACACCAAAACAUGGAAAUGAUUCAUUUGCGCUGAUAUUGCAGUUAUUUGUUUCCAGUACUCACACAAUGCUCACUUCAGAGGCAAGGUUAUGCAUUCCAUGCUAUUUUCUUUAUUUAAAGGCAGUGGCAGACAGUUUUCUGUCUGUGAGGCUGACAAACCACUGUUAAAGGAAAGGUAAACCCUCAAAAUGAAUAUAAAAUUGCUCAGACUGCUCUUCUCAGCACCUGUGCAAAAGUCAUCAAACAUUUCUCUUGACGCAGAACAAUCCCUCUGAAAUAUUUUCCCGACUGGAUGCUAGAACUGACCAGCAAGUGGCGCUGUUGUUUCAAUGUCAUUAUAUUAGCAGCAUAAAAAUUGCUAAUAUCUUGAAAUCUAGAAGAAAAAAAAAGAUGUAAGUUGCAAAGGUUCUUAGAAGAGCCAUCUGAGCAAAUAUAAAUUCAUUUGUUUUGAGAGUUUAAGUUUGCUUUGUUCAGCUAUGGAUAACACAUAUAUUUAUGUAUUGGGACAGACAGCCGAUGCCAAUAUGAUCAUUUUCUAUAAGUGAAUUUUUGGAACCGCAAACAGUGUAGUAUAUUUUGUACAUAACAUUUUUUUAUGUUAUUGGCCCUAUUAGGGAAACUAUAGCUUAAACUAUAGCUUUUAUAUUGGCCUCUAUAGGAAAGAAUAUUUUGUAAAAUUCAUAUAUCUAUAUUAAGACAUAGCUCCCUGCAAUCUAAUUCUAUAUGUAUAAAAAGGACCUAAUCAUGA